AUGGGGGCAGCGGGGCAGGCUAGCAGGCGGGCGGGACGCCGCUGGGCGGCUCACCGGGCCCGCUUCCCCGCAGCCGGAGUGCACCCAGUCUCGGGAACCUGCACGGCUCGGGAACAGCACCGGCUCGGGAACCAGCCCGGCGCGGCGCUGCGCGAAGCCCUGAAGCUCCCGCCCCGAAGAAGGGAGGCAGCGGCAGCGAGGAAGCGGCACGGCGGUCCCUUCGGAUACUGGAUACUACUCCAUCCAAGGGGGCACAGGCUGCAGCCGGGGCGGGCGGCUGCCUGCCCUUUGUUACCAGGUGAAAGCAGCGCAUACCAUCCUCCGGAGCGGCAGCGAGCCCGGCGGGAGCAGCCCCUGACCGGCCAUCACCCGGGGGUCCCUCCCCGCCCCCUCGGGCAGGGGCGCAGACACCCAUCCCCGCCCUGGGGGCACCUCCCCGCAAGGACCGGUGCAUCUUUCACCACCGCCAUCACCACCACCAACCCCCUUCGGGUGGCUCGACAGGAGGGUGAUCGCUGCGGACCCCCCGUUCCCGGCGCGGGGCCUUUGUUACCGGGGGGCGGCGGGGCGGGGGAAGCAGGGGGGGUCUUCGGCGGCCGCGCCCGCAACACGGGCGCACGUAGCCCGACUCGGCCCCCGCGCUGCCAUUCGACGGCGUCGCGGCGGGGCGGGCCCCAGCCCUAUCCUCACGCGGCUAUAAAGGGCGGCGGAGCGGCACUGCGCCACCUUCUCACUGCGCGCCAGGCGGGUCGGAGCUCACCGCCCACUGGCGGGGGCGGCGGCAGCCCCCGGGCGGAGCGGGGCCGCGUGGCGGCGGGGCCCACGGGCACAAAGGCGGCGCGGCGCAAAAUGGCGGGGGCGGCGUGA